AUGCCGCUUGAUUGUCACGAGAGUGCCUUGAGAAUGCCGCUUGAGUGCCACGAGAGUGCCUUGAGAAUGCCGCUUGAGUGGUACGAGAGUGCCUUGAUAAAGCCGCUAGAGUGCCACAAGAGUGCCUUGAGACUGCCGCUUGAGUGCCACGAGAGUGCCUUGAAAAUGCCGCUUGAGUGGCACGAGAGUGCCUUGAGGAUGCCGCUUGAGUGCCUUGCGAAUAGUGCCACGAGAGUGCCACGAGUGUGCCACGAGAGUGCCACGAGAGUUCCACGAGAGUGUGACGAGAGUGCCACGAGAAUAGCGCUUGAGUGGCACGAGAGUGCCUUGAUGAUGCCAUUUGAGUGGCACGAGAGUGCUUUGAGAAUGCCGCUUGAGUACCACGAGAAUGCUUUGAGAAUGCCGCUUGAGUGCCACGAGAGUGCUUUGAGAAUGCCGCUUGAGUCUCACGAGAGAUGA